AUGAUUGAGCGCUGGCGACCGGAGACCCAUACAUUUCAUCUCCGCACUGGCGAGACUACCAUCACCUUGCAGGAUGUCGAGGUGAUUUAUGGUCUACAUAUUGAUGGACAGGCAUUAUAUAGAGUGGAGCCUCCGCAGCUGUCGUAUCCCCAGGAGUUGACUAGGCUCACUGAUUUCGUGCCUCAUCAGAGGGAUAUGCAUGGACGGAGUCGGUUAUUGCGGUCCUUCCUCCAUGCUCACUUGCGCCUCGUACAUUUGCAGCAUCCGAUUGGCGAGGCGACGCCUCAGGUUGAUGUUGACCGACGUGCUUACUUAUAUCUUCUCAUCAUAUUCGGGGGCAUCAUGUUCCCGAACACGUCGGGUGCGGAUAUGAGUAUGAGGUAUCUGCUCUUUAUUGAGGAUCUAGACCAGCUGGGAUGUUACAGUUGGGGCGCCGCUAUCCUGGCUUACAUAUACAGAGGAUUUGAUCGAGCCUCUAUGGGCGAGAGGCUUGAGGUCGCUGCAUUUAGCCCUCUUCUUCAGGUUGAGACCUUUCAACCCAUAGCUGCUCACCCUUCCGAUGAUUAUGUUGCUGAGGAUAUGCCAUACGCGCGGAGAUGGUCGCAAGGCCGUACCAGAGGCUUUCAUAUGGACGCGGUAUGA